AUGGCCUCCACUAGAAUUGCUGCCUUAAAUAUAGGCGGAGCUGCAAUCUACUCUGCAUUGCGAAUAAUAUCAGAUAAAAGAGAAUUUCACUCCCUUAUAUUUUGCGAUACAAACUUCUGUAAUUCUUUUCUUCAAAUUGAUACUCUUAUAAUCAAUGAAGUUUCGAUGAUAUCAGACGAUCAAAUAUGUCCUACCAAUUCAAGAUGUCGUGAAUUUGCAAAUAAAACAAAUCUUCCUAGUACUGUUAGAAUUCAACCCAGAGCAAGAGUCAUGUUUUUGAACAAUUCCCAAUACAGACACCGCAUAGCCAAUGGUACCGUAGGCAUUGUAACAGAUCUCAAUUUACAAAUUGGCCUG